UGCAAGAGCGAUAACUUCAAGUGGUGAGUAAGUUUACACAUCGAUGUGUAGUGGGUGUUGAUAAUUUUGUAAAACUGUUACAAUGAAAUGAUAAAUUUGUUAUAUUUCAGAUAUCGCUGUGCGCCGAAAUUACGUUGGAAAUCCUGUCAAGCCUAGAGGCUACCCCUGGGUGGGGUCUCCUGUCAUCCGGAAACAGAGUUGACACUUGGUCCAAUAAAUUAUGAGGAGAUUCUACUGAUUCGUCGCUGUUCUUCGACAACCAGGCCACGAAAAUGGCGCGACCAAUUAUACCAAGCCAGCAGAAACUGGCUGAAAAGCUGGCGAUAUUGAACGACCGAGGCACUGGAAUGCUCACUCGUAUUUACAACAUUAAAAAAGCAUGCGGCGAUGCCAAAUCCAAGCCUGGGUUUCUGUCCGACAAAACAUUGGAGUCUGCGAUUAAAUACAUCAUCCGAAGAUUUCCCAACAUCGACAUCAAGGGUCUGGCUGCGAUAACGAACCUCCGCAACGAGAUUAUCAAGUCUCUGUCCCUCUACUACUACACCUUCGUUGACCUCCUCGACUUCAAAGACAACGUCUGUGAAUUGCUGACUACGAUGGAUGCCUGCGGAGUUCAUAUGGAUAUAACGAUAAAUUUUGACGUGACAAAGGGCUACCUGGACCUGGUCAUCACCUAUGUAAGUCUGAUGAUACUUCUGUCCAGAGUCGAGGAUCGAAAAGCUGUUUUAGGCCUAUUCAACGCGGCCCAUGAGAUGGUCCACAGUCAGUCAGAUCCCAGCUUUCCGAGACUAGGCCAGAUGAUCAUGGACUAUGAUGCGCCUCUUAAGAAAUUAUCCGAGGAGUUUGUACCGCAUGGUAAAUUACUGAUAAAUGCGCUGAUGUCGCUGUGGCCAAUUUACCCUGGAAGAAAUUUAUCGGCAGACACAUGGAGAGCUGACAAGAAACUCAGCCUCGUCGGAAGUCCAGGACAGCUGCUUAAAGCUGCCAUUACGGACACGAUGUCCUGUGAAACGUUGAGCUUGGAUAGAUUAGAGAGAUGGGUUGUCCUUGGUUUCACUCUGUGUCACACGGUCCUUAACCAGGAGCAACCCAGUAAGCUAUGGACCACCGCUCUCGAAUCAGGAUGGGUUUUAGCUCUGUUUAGGGACGAAGUCAUUUACAUCCACCAAUACAUUCAGUCGUUCUUUGAGAGCAUGAAAGGAUACAGCAAGAGAGUAUCUGAAGUAAAGGACUGCUACAGUCAAGCCAUUCAGAAAGCUGGACACAGGCAUCGAGAGAGACGAAAAUUUUUAAGAACAGCCCUGAAGGAGUUGGGGCUGAUAUUGUCCGAUCAUCCAGGGCUCUUAGGGCCAAAAGCGCUGCUAGUCUUCAUGGGAUUAUCUCACGCUCGAGACGAAGUGCUGUGGCUCUUGAGGCAUGGCGACAAUCCGCCUAUCCAAGGGAAAGGAAAGGGUCGCGGAGGCGAUGACCUCGUUGACAGACAGCUGCCUGAACUGCUGUUUCACUGCGAGGAAUUACGCGCUCUAGUUAGAAAGUAUUCCCAAGUCCUACAACGAUAUUACGUUCAAUUUUUGUCCGGAUUUGACGCACCCGCUCUACAUCAAAUGAUACAAAAUUUACCUUUAUCUCCAGUGGACGAAGGAGCCAUUCUGAGCGACAUGUGCACUUCGAUUGCAAGUUUAACAGUAAAACAGGUCGAGGAUAACGAGUUGUUUGAUUUUCGUGCAUUCAGACUUGACUGGUUUAGAUUGCAGGCUUAUAUGUCGGUUGCAAAGUGCAAUAUGAAUCUCGCGGAUAACAGGGAAUUGGCUUCGUUUAUGGACGGCAUUAUUUUCCACACAAAAAUGGUUGACAAUUUGGACGAAAUGUUGGUGGAAACUUCCGAUCUCUCGAUAUUUUGCUUUUACAGCAAGAUAUUCGAAGAUCAAUUUCACAUGUGUUUAGAAUUUCCCGCCCAGAAUCGAUACAUUGUUGCAUUUCCAUUGAUGUGUAGCCAUUUCCAAAGCUGCACGCAUGAACUUUGCCCGGAAGAACGUCAUCAUAUCAGAGAAAGAAGUCUGUCUGUUGUUAACAUGUUUUUGGAUGAAAUGGCUAAAGAGGCUAAAAAUAUAAUAACCAUAAUUUGUGACGAGCAGUGUACAAUGUCAGAUAAGCUUUUGCCUAAGCACUGCGCAGCCCAAAUAUCUCAAGUAGUGAAUCGCAAGAAAAAGGAUAAAAACAAAAAGAAUAUGUACGAGAUUCAUAAACCUGGUAUUGAAAGCUACAGAAAAACGCGAGAAGACCUUACAACAAUGGACAAACUUCACAUGGCUCUGACAGAAUUGUGUUUCGCAAUAAAUUCUUGCCCCACCAUUAAUGUCUGGGAAUACACAUUUGCUCCUAGGGAGUACUUGCAUCAACAUUUGGAAACACGAUUCGCUAAAGCUUUAGUUGGUAUGGUGAUGUUCAAUCCGGAUACUAGCGUCAUUGCUAAACCAUCAGAGUUAUUUGUCAGCGUUAGAGCUUACAUGAACGUAUUGCAAACUGUCGAAAACUAUGUUCACAUUGAUAUAACUAGAGUUUUUAAUAAUGCCUUGCUGCAACAAACUCAACAGCUCGAUAGCCAUGGAGACAAAACUAUAGCUUCGUUGUACAUGCAGUGGUACUCCGAAGUGCUAUUGAGACGAGUAAGCGCAGGGAACAUUUGCUAUUCGGGAAAUCAAAGAGCAUUUGUCAGCUUGACUGCCGAGAGUGCGAUUCCCUUUAACGCGGAGGAAUUUUCUGAUAUUAACGAACUCAGGGCUCUUGCUGAACUGAUUGGACCUUACGGUAUGAAAAUGUUGAACGAAACACUGAUGUGGCACAUCGCGAGUCAGGUGCAAGAGCUGAAAAAAUUAGUAGCUGGUAAUAAGGACGUUUUAGUUGCACUGAGAACGAACUUUGAUAAGCCUGAAGUGAUGAAGGAACAAUUCAAAAGGCUACAGCAAGUCGACAAUGUUCUCCAAAGGGUUACAAUAGUUGGGGUGAUUUUGAGCUUCAGACAAUUAGCCCAGGCAGCUUUGGUUGACGUUUUAGAGGAGCGGAUUCCAUUUUUGCUCAGUUCUAUACUAGACUUUCGGCACCACUUGCCUUCGGGCGAUCCGAUGAGGAUUGUUUCCGAAAUGACAUCUGCUGCAGGGCUGACAUGCAAAGUUGAUCCAACCUUAGCAGCGGCUUUGAGGAGUCAAAAAGCUGAGGCAGAUGAGGACGAGCAUCUUUUAGUCUGUUUGUUAAUGGUAUUUGUCGCUGUUUCCAUUCCAAAAUUAGCUCGGAAUGAAAAUUCGUUCUAUAGGGCCUCGUUGGAGGGGCAUUCUAACAACAUACAUUGCAUGGCCACUGCCAUAAACAAUAUAUUCGGUGCAUUAUUCACGAUAUGCGGUCAAAACGAUAUUGAAGACAGAAUGAAGGAGUUUUUGGCGCUAGCAUCGUCCAGUCUUUUGAGAUUAGGGCAGGAGGCAGACAAAGAGGCAACAAAGAAUAGAGAAUCUGUGUACCUUCUUCUGGAUCAGAUCGUUCAAGAAUCACCAUUUCUAACCAUGGAUUUAUUGGAGAGCUGUUUUCCAUAUGCGUUAAUACGUAACGCUUAUCACGAUGUGUAUAAAAUGGGCCAAGCACAGCAAUAACGACGCUCGGAAAUAAACAAGGACAGCGAGUAUUUUCUUACUGUGUAAGCUUGCCGUGAAUCGAAGAUAGUUUCGUAAUAGUAUAUGUUAUUCGGUAAGUCGAACUCUGAGACGCGCAUUUCCAUAAACUGAUUAUUUUCUAUAGCAUAAUAUUAUCUCUAGAAUAUAAUGUACACCUAAUAGUGGUAUUAGAUUGUUUGAGGCUACCUGAUUUGAAUAUUGAAACCAAUGGAGCCAAUCAAGAAAUAUUUUUUAUUUUAUACGCCUAUGUAAAUCAAAGUACCUCUGAUCCAAAUCUUGUUUUGGCUCUAGGAAAUGAAUUGUAAUAGAUAGAUUGAGUAAUACCAAUAUUUAUAGCAUGUAGUUUAUUGUAAUUUUAUAACGUAAACAGAAAUGAAACAAGCGAUAACAUUCUUAUUCGUUAAAACUAGUUGGAUAUUAUUUGAACAUCAAAAUCGUGGGAAAAAUGCGACUUGCGCAAACUUUUUAUUUCAUUUUUCAGUAGAAUAGCUUGCAAGUUCUUUAUUUUUUCAAUAUUUUAUUGAUUCUUCGUAAGCUGUAGUACAAAUGCAGUUUAUAUUUAUAUGUAUUUACAACAUAAAGUAUAAUUAUCGUACCAUGUAUGGUAUGAUACAUUUAUCAGUUAACAAUAAGCUAAUGUUUUUAUUGCAAAUUGUAACUAUUUUGAAAUAGUUUAUAUCUAUACUGAUAAUAAAGUCAAUCAUCUCUACGUCCGGUCGAAAUAUAUCAAGCCAAAAGCUAUAUCUCCGUGCAAUAAACCAUGUCUUUUCUUUGUAAUACAAAUAUACGGGGUAAUCAAUGUACAUAAAUCAGUUUUCGGAAUAUUUAAAUAUUCUAGUAUGCUAAUUGUCCAUCAAUUAUCCGAUAACAAUUUGAUUUUUGCCUAUACGCUUAUCGUACAAUUCGUU